UCUUGUCUUCAAACUCACACAAAGCUAAAACCAAAAACAAAAAAGAAAAAAAAAAUCUCCAAAGCUUAGAAAAAGAUGACUCGACCGUCAAGAUUACUAGAGACGGCUGCGCCGCCGCCACAACCGUCAGAGGAGAUGAUAGCAGCGGAAUCCGACAUGGUGGUGAUCUUGUCGGCUCUUCUUUGCGCACUUAUAUGUGUGGCUGGCCUCGCCGCAGUCGUACGCUGCGCUUGGCUAAGGAGGUUCACCGGUGGAGGAGAUUCUUCUUCGCCGUCUCCUAACAAAGGGUUGAAAAAGAAAGCUCUACAGUCCCUACCAAGAUCCACUUUCACCGCCGCGGAAUCCGCCUCCGGUGGUGCUGAAGACGGAGGAGACACGACGGAAUGUGCUAUUUGUCUCACUGAGUUCGCCGAGGGAGAAGAGAUAAGAGUGCUUCCUCUAUGUGGCCAUUCAUUCCACGUGGCGUGUAUUGAUAAAUGGUUGGUAUCUAGGUCUUCUUGUCCUUCUUGUCGCCGGAUUCUUACGCCGGUGAGAUGUGACCGGUGCGGUCACGCUUCCACGGCUGAGAUGAAACAUCAACAUCAACAUCAACAUCAUCAACACUCUUCUUCUUCUACCAUUCCUACGUUUCUUCCUUAACACUAAGCUAAUUUUUGUUUUUUAUUAUAGCAGUAAAUUAAUUGCAUAAUAAAGUUUAUGUAAAGUGAGUCUAAUUAGGAUUAUUAGAGAUCUCUAUAAAAGUUUUUUUUUUUCCUUCUUCUUCUUGUUCUUGUUGUUGUAGUAAUCUUUAAUCCACUGUAGUACUUGAUCAAAUCUCAGAUGGAGUUCAAGUUUUGUUUUA